AUGGAUCCAUCGACGAGCAAACUACCGCCCGAACUUCUAUCAUUGGUUUUCAAUGAACUAGAAGGAGACAAAGCCUCACUCAGGAGCUGCGUGCUUACGUGCAAGUCCUGGCACGACCUUUGUCUGGCCCAUGUCUACCGCAAUCUUGUCGUGUCCAAUGCUUUGACAUAUCUACGUCUCUACCGCCGGCUGAUGAUUGAUGCGCCUCAUCUGUGCUGUCACGUUCGGCGGAUCGACAUGUCUGGAUUCGGGGCACCGGGGACGCUCGAUUCGUUUUCACUGGAGUGGUGCGAUGAUGAUCACAUACAAUCGUUCCUCCAAGCGUUUCCUAGGUUGAAUGCCUUGAAAUGUUCUUCUCACCUUUACAACGUCGUUUCACACAUGCUGCAACAAUCGCCAAUCACUACUCUUCACAUCGAUUCCAGUCUCUCCUACGACGUAAAGUGGUUCUUCCAUAUUCUCCGCGCAGGGGCCGCAACCCUAAAAAAUCUAAAACUUGAAGACGUAGAUUUCCGGGUCAGGUUGUCUCCUAGAGCUACGCCUAACGACGGAAAAAUCUCGAUGCUUGCACUCGAAGAGCUUACUGUUGUCGAAUGUUGCAACCUCCCCUUUCAUAUAACUACUGUGGAAAUGCCGAACUUGAAGGUGCUCGUGUGUCAAGUUUACGAUUGCACCGAUUAUCUCCACAUCCUCCGAACCUCUCUGAUGACGUUGGUAAUCGAGCCUACUAUAGAAGAACCCCUCGACCAGAAUCAGAUCAUCGUUGAUAAUCUGUGUAUCUUAUGGUUCCCCCAACACGAAGUGGGAAACGUCAAAGCUACGAUAACCUCCGUCUGUGUACCUACGAGACUUGCCCAUCUCGAGGUUUUCCUACCCAGUAUAUUGCUCGCACACCCUUUCACUACUUCCUCGGACGACUUAGAAGCCUUCGUUCUACGUCUCCACCUGGAUGGGUCGCUCGGACGGGUCACCGUUACAGUCGAAGAUCCGUCACAACCGGAUAUACUGGACGGUGUGUUCAAAGAGUUGAACAGUCUAGGCAUAUUGGAGAUCCGAGUAGGAAAGCCUCCGUUAUUACACCCUUCUGCUCUUCUUUAG